GGGAGUUGUAGUUUCCGGCUCCCUCCUCCUGCCUACAAGCUCCACAGGAGUGGCCGCAGGACGGUUGCCUGGUAUUAUUAGCAAGCGGGAAGUAUGGCGGUGGCGCGCGUCGAUGCGGCUUUGCCUUCGGGAGAAGGUUCAGUAGUCAAUUGGUCAGGGCAAGGACUACAGAAAUUAGGUCUAAAGUUGCCCUGUGAAGCUGAUAUCCAUACUUUGAUUCUGGAUAAAAACCAGAUUAUUAAACUGGAAAAUCUUGAGAAAUGCAGACGAUUAAUACAGUUGUCAGUGGCUAAUAAUCGGCUGGUGAGAAUGAUGGGCGUGGCCAAACUGACCCAACUCCGGGUAUUAAAUUUGCCUCAUAAUAGCAUUGGCUACGUGGAAGGACUAAAGGAACUCGUACAUUUGGAGUGGCUAAAUUUGGCAGGAAAUAAUCUCAAGGCCAUGGAACAAAUCAAUACCUGUACAGCUCUGCAGCACCUCGAUUUAUCAGACAACAACAUACCCCAGAUAGGUGAUCUAUCUAAAUUGGUAUCCCUGAAGACCCUGCUUUUACAUGGAAACAUCAUCACCUCUCUUAGAAUGGCACCUGCUUAUCUACCCAGAAACCUUGCUAUACUUUCCUUGGCAGAAAAUGAAAUCCGAGACCUAAACGAGAUCUCUUUUUUGGCAUCCUUAACUGAAUUGGAGCAGUUGUCGAUCAUGAACAAUCCUUGUGUGAUGGCAACGCCUUCCAUUCCAGGGUUUGACUAUCGGCCGUACAUCGUCAGCUGGUGCUUAAACCUCAGAGUCCUGGAUGGAUACGUGAUUUCCCAGAAGGAAAGUUUGAAAGCUGAAUGGCUAUAUAGUCAAGGCAAGGGGAGAGCUUAUCGACCCGGCCAGCACAUCCAGCUUGUCCAGUAUUUGGCCACAAUGUGCCCCCUCACUUCUACCCUGGGCCUUCAAACUGCAGAGGAUGCCAAACUAGAGAAGAUUUUGAGCAAGCAGAGGUUUCACCAGAGACAGUUGAUGAAUCAAAGCCAAAAUGAAGAAUUGUCUCCUCUGGCUGCUGUUGAAACAAGGUCGUCCCUUGUUCCUGAGCAUUCAAGUCCUGUUCAAGAUUACCAAAUAGUCCAGGAAAGUGAACCCAUCACCCAAGUCAAUUCUUGGGUUGGAAUAAGCAAUAAAGAUGAUCAAUUAUGUGCUGUUAAGAAUAACUUUGCAGCCUCUGUACACACUACAAGAUAUUCUCGAAAUGAUCUGCACCUAGAAGACAUACAGACAGAUGAGGACAAGUUAAACUGUAGCCUUCUCUCUUCAGAGUCUACUUUUAUGCCAGUUGCAUCAGGAUUAUCUCCAGUAUCACCUACAGUUGAGCUGAGGCUCCAGGGUAUUAACUUGGACCUAGAAUAUGAUGGUGUUGCAGAUGAAUCUGUGAAAGGGCUGGAAAACCAGGACUUGGAUAAGGAGGAGAAAGCUUCCUGGGCUGCAAAUGAGAAUUCUGUUAAAAUAAUGCAAAGCGAAAUCAGUGCAGAGAUAAAUGAGAAAGCUGGGCUGUUGCCUUGUCCUGAGCCAAUGAUAACCAGUGCUGUCUUGAAGAACGAUAACCAUAGUCUUACAUCUUUUCCUGAGUCAGUCGGACACAGUGUCUUCCAUACUCACCCACAUGGUGGAGAAACCAUGUCUCAAACAGCUUUAGAGAAACAGCCCUAUAGGAUUUCAACCCAAAGAUCUGUUGCUCUGGGGCAAGAUAAAGUUGCCCUUCAGAAAUUGAAUGAAGCAGCCACCAAGCUUCAGGCCUGUUGGCGGGGCUAUUAUGCCAGAAACUACAACCCUCAAGCCAAAGAUGUGCGGUACGAAAUUCGGCUACGCAGAAUGCAGGAACACAUUGUCUGCUUAACUGAUGAAAUAAGGAGAUUGAGAAAAGAAAGAGACGAGGAACGUAUUAAAAAAUUUGUGCAAGAAGAGGCUGUCAGAUUCCUUUGGAACCAGGUAAGGUCUCUACAAGCUUGGCAACAGACCAUGGACCAGCGCCUGGGCUCCUGGCAUGCUGGUGUUCUUAAAUCAAGCACUCUGGUGCCACCGGAGCCUCCGUUGUUCACUCAAAGUCGGGAGCCCUCUUCUGAUCGAAAUUCAGACUGGCUCAUCGCUCCCGAUGGGGUUCCUCAAGAGAAGUCCUUGCCAGAAUUUCCAGACUCUGGUUUUCAUUCCUCCCUUACAGAACAGAUUCAUUGUUUACAGGAUUCUCUGGAAUGUGAAAAAAGUUCCGCAGAAGGCAGUGAAAGUUCUAUAGUGGGGAAUUCCAUUGACACAGUCAGAUAUGGCAGAGAGUCAGAUUUAGGGGAUGUUAGUGAAGAAAAUGGUGAACGGAGUAAGGAAAGCUCAAACAAUGAGCAGGAUAAUAGUCUGCUUGAACAGUAUUUAACUUCAGUUCAACAGCUGGAAGAUGCUGCUGAGAGGACAAAUUUUGAUGAAGGAAUAGGAGAUAGUAAGCUUCACGUAGCUUGUUCCCUGGAAAAAUCAGAUGUCUUGUCUGACAGUGCUUCUGUAGAUGAGACUCAUGGCCUGUCUCCUCUGCAAGCUGAAGUCAGCCAGACACCAGAGAAUCACAAGUUAAAUGCCGAAGUUCCAGGACAGCAGUCAGGGUGUGAGUCUGCAUUUCAGGUAUUGCACGUUGGUGUCACUGUGUAGGGUGUCUGGUUGCUUGGGAAGCAGAAAUCCACUUAAAAAUGUUUUCAGUUGUCUGCUUCAUUUUUGUUUUUUUUUUUGGAGGGGAGUACUCCCCCCAUUUUUGUCACUGUUUAUAUAGGGCCUGUGUUCUUGUCUCAUAUUUUCCAGAUUCUACAUAAUGAGCUGAGUCUUCAUUUUGAUUUUGCUAGCCUUUUACUUAACUGUAACAUACCAAACGAUAAUUACAUUGAGAGCGGUGUGCACUUCAUUUCAUAACAACUGAAUUGCAUCAAUGAUGUUCUGAUUUCUUCUAUGUACUCAGAUUAUUCCCUUUCAAAAAUUAUUAAACUAUAAUAUCUUAAAGAAAAUAGGAAAUUUUAUCUUCAAGAUAUAAAUAAGAGAGUUUUGAUUCUUCUGUAUAGGAGGAAAUCAAUUAUGUAUUAAGGAAUGUAAUUGUUAAGACAAAUACAAUGACAAAUAUGAGAAUGGUGAAUUAUUUUAAGUGUCCAGUCUUGUUGGAGUAAGAACAUGUUUUUUAAGCCUUUUUCCUCCCUUUAGAGUAAGGAAAUCCUUUUGAGCAAAUUUAGGAAGAAAAGGUAAGGUUAUAAAAUUUCUCAGUGGAGAUUAUUAAUUUCUUUCCUGGAAGGCUUUAGUUAAUGUCAUGUAUCAGUUUUAACAUAUGAAGUAAAGUGUUCCACCCAUGUUAAAAUCAGGUUUACUUAGACCACAUAAGAACGUUUCUCUUAGCUGUGAGGAAAGCAAAUGCUAGGCUCCAUCUACUUGGACUAUUGUCAUGGCGAACAUUAUUUUUUCAUGUAGUGCUUUUUUUUUUACCCUACAGAUAAGCAAUAUAUGUGCCAAUAUAUUUCCAGAAAUUAAUGCAUGUUCAUGUUCUCUGUUCCUGCUUAUGUUUGCUCAUGUAUUUCAGCAGAAGGUUUGUGGCCGUUUAUUUCGCUUUUGACCUCUGCCUCCGUAGGGAAGAGCAUUCAAAGUAACACUAGUGAUAGAACAUGAAUGCCUUUAAAAAAAAAAACAAAAAACUAUUUUAUAUCUAAAGUGCUGAAAAAGUGCCACAAUUGGAAUACAGUUUAGUGGUGGUUAAGAAAAAAAUAAACCUCACUUAUUUAUUUACUUGUUGACGAGAGUAUAUAUCUGUAACGUUGGGAAGAAAUUAUAAGAUUGUGCUUGAAUGUAAUAGGUGCAUUUGGAAAUGAAGGGUAAUUUUUGGAAACUUGGUAUUUUAAUCUUUGAGAAACUUCUGAUACCAUUGAACAACAUAUGUCUGAUUUUCCCCAAUCCACGAACAUACAAUUAUUUACAAUUAUGGCAAUACUUCAGUGUUCUCUAAAUUUGGGUGCUAAAUAUCUACUCAUUAUUCUGUUACUGUCACUAGGUCCCCUUCCUUGAAGUUAUAUAAAAUGAAAACUUCUGAUCCUUCAAGAAUAAAAUCAGGGAUCACAUGUUAUACUUUGUUGAUAGUUAGAAAUGUUUCUCCAAGUCUGUUAAAAUAUCUUUUUCUGGAUUUAUAAAUAUGUAGCACUCAGGUUGAGAAGACUUGGAUUUCAUUCUCAGAAAUCCAGACUCUGUUGCAGAGGAAAUGUUUUCUGUUAUCUUAUAACCCAAACAGCAGUCUUAUCUUCAAACUGUUUUCCCUGGUAAAGCAUGUGUAACAGUGAAUGCACGUUAAAUAAAAAUUGAAUUUUUUACUUUUUGAAUAAUCUAGUUAUCUUUUAUGAAUGAUUUGGAAUUUCUUCUUAGAAAUGCCCUAUUUUUCUAUUUUACAGUUAAGUGCCUCAUUUGCUGCCCAUACUUAGACAAAGAAAAACCAACUUGCACUGCACUAGUACCAAAGUGCUACUUCAUGGUACAUUAACUUUUCAUAAAAGCUGCGGAAAUGUCCCGGUUCAGUAUUACCUGCGUAGGUGUGUGCUAACGUCCUCUCCUGUCUUUUUUUUUCCAAGAAAUGGUGAAACACAACUAAAUUUGUUGGAACAUUAGAAUUUAUCAGCAGGAUUUCCUUUUAGCCCAUUAAUAGUAUUCGGAAUACUUUUAUAAAAAAUUGACAGAAUUAUUAAUUUUAUGCUCAUCUGUUUUUUUGUUACUUUUUAAGUACAAGAAUAUUAAGCAGCCCAUGCCCCUUAACUGUACAGAUUAUCUUGAAUGCAGAUAGAAUAAAAAUAAUGUAAAUUAGAAUGUAGGAAUUCUGUGGCAUAGAUUUAAUACAUUUUGAUGGGUUUUAUAGUAUAGUUUAAAAGUGAUUUAUAUACCUCAGCUCUGGUAACUAUGGGCUGUUUAUUGGUCUGGCUUAAGAGGGAAUGGGUGUGGUCAUUUUGGGAGGUUGAGCUUUGAACACAGUUGUAUUUUUUUCUAACAUGAGAGGUUUCGUUCAGCUGUGCUAUUUUAGUUCACAUCAAUUCUCUUCAUUUAUGAAAAAUUCAAUGUAUCAACAGGAAUUUCUGUAGAAGCACAGAAUCAUACCAUGUAAGAGCUGGAAGGAACCUUAGAGAUUAUAAUUCUAAUCUUUUUAAAGAUAAAACUAAGGAACAGAGAAGUUAAGUGAUUUGUCUAAGGUUACAGCUCGGUAGUAGUAAAAAGUAAACCGUAAAAACUUAAAUGGUAUUGUAUUUGAAAAUUUUAUUAUACCCUUUUCAUUAAUCUCUCUAUUUAGUGAUUCAGUAGAGGAUUCUGUACAUUUUUCAUUCUCUUGGAAAGAGAAAAAAAAGUUCUAAGAGAACUAGAACCCUACCAUAGAGUUGCUUGUAGAAGAUAACUCAUUCCUUGGGAUCCCUGAGUGAGUUUUCUCUAAGAAAUGUGAUUUGAUUAAAAUGUGUUCUUUUUUUUUUUUUUUUAAAGAACAAUAUAGUAGAAAUUAAAUUUUUGGAAACAAAUAACUGCAUCUAAGAGUUCAUUUAUUUGAUGACAGGAGUAUGACAGGUUACCAAUAAGUAUAAAAUUCUCUAGUGAAAUGUUGAGUUUAAUUGUUUCAUCCACAGUUUUACAGAAGAACAGAUGCUGAAGUUUUAACUCCCCGGGGUGCUGAAAGCUUUAAUCAUGACCGCUGACACGUACACAGUUUAGUCUGGCUUUAUAAGUGUAGUUAUAAAAGGCCACAUAAUGUGCAUGUUUUAGGAAAAUGGUCAUUUAUCUGCACAAUUGAUUGUAUAUAUGCAAAUAACUUUAUUCUUGAGUAAUGUGGGUGCCAUUCUUGUGUGUGGGUUUUCUUAUUUGUUUUGGAUUGUAUUAAAUACAUAAACACUAUGAUAGUGUAUUUUCCUGUUAUCUACUUAAGACAAGUGUAGUUCCACUUUUUAUAAAUAUUUCAGGAAGAAUACAGGCAUAACAUACUAUACUAUUUCCCUUGGUACUUUUCUUUUGUUGUUGCACAAAUUCUUAGAAUUGGGUUUAUAACAAUAAUAUAUAAAACCCCGUUUUCAGAAGAAUUAAUACACAGUAAAAAGGGAAAAUAUAGGAUGAGUCUGAUCGGUUUUCCAUUCAUAAUGAAAAGGAUAAGGUACUGUAUAUUUUUAUUUUGGCAUGUACUUUAUUAAAUAAUAUUUAUUAUAUUGUAAUGUUUUAACUUACAUGACCCCCUCAUUCCUGAAGUGAAGCAGAAAGGGUCUGUAAAGAACUUUCUAAACAUUUUAAAUGAGAUUGCUUUCACUGAUCAAACCCAUUGUGCCGUAUUAAAAUGAAAAGUCAAGUAAAGCAGUCUGCACAGCCUUGGGGAGAAAAUAAUUAUCUUUUAAAAAUGAGGUGCUUUUUAUUUGUAUAUGAAUAAGAAAAUACUAAAUUUUAAUUACUGGAUUUAGCAGAUAGCAGGAAUCACUGUAGUGGCUUUGUUAAUUUUAAUUUCUUUGAGUGUUUUGUAAUAAUUUUAAUAUUGACAAUAAGAGUUUAAAAAUAAUUUGAUUGUGGACUGCUUUUAGAUUUUAGAUGAUACAAAGUGGUUUGGUCUGUUUUAUGAAGGCUUAAUAUUUUGUAUUAUACUUAUUUAAUUUGUAUUUGUGUCUCUAAUUUUAAAUAAAAGGUUUGUACAUUUGAGUAAAUUAUCUGUAUUAUAGUGACUGCUGGUGAUGGUUCUUAUUCACUGUGUUUGUAAUUCAUGGAUGAAUAAAAUUCAGAACAAGUUGCAACUAGAACUCUGCUAAGUAAGGUCCUGAGUAUUAGUGUAAUAUAAUUGAAGUCACAAACAAACAGUCCUACCCUUAUGAAAAUGAACAUGAAGUGAAAGGAAUGCUAAUUUAGUUUUAUUCAGUAUACCCAAACCCAUUGCCAUCGAGUCAAUUCUGACUCAUAGCAACCCUAUAAGGCAGAGUAGAACUGCCCCAUCGGGUUUCCAAGGAGCGCCUGGUGGAUUCAAACUGCCGACCUUUUGGUUAGCAGCCAAAGCACUUAACUACUGUGCCACCAGGGUUUCCUUAUUCAGUAUAGAUUCAUUAUUUCCUGGAUCCUCAGUGGAAUUUGCUGGUAGAGAAGAGCAGAUAUCAUUCCUCAAAGAGCAUAGAUAACAUUGUUAGAUGCUGUGAAGACAGUGAGUAACAAGAGUAGACACUUCCUUGUUGAACACAUUAGGACCUGUAGUUGGUUGGUUCAUCAAAAGAUUGGUUAGAGCAGGGAAUCAUGAAAAACUUAAAGAAAAUCUUUCUUGAGCUAUAAUUGACCUACAAUAAACUGCACAUAUUUAAAGAAGACUGGUUGAAAAAUUUUGAUGCAUAUGUGCCCAUGAAAUUAUUACAAAAAUCAAGAUACUGAACAUCCAGCACCCCCAAACAUUUUCUCAUCCCCUCUGUAUUCCCCCCUCCCAUAGGCAGUCCCUGGAUUACACACAAGUUCCAUUCCUAAAUCCGUCUUUAAGAUGAAUUUGUACAUAAGUUGGAACAGUUACGUAGGGUUCAUAUCUAAUGUCAGUCAAUUGUUUGUCUUAGUAUAUAGUAUAUAGUGUACCUUUCUAUGCAUGAGAAACAUUAAGUGCUUCCAGAUACACUAAAACAUCUUUAACAUAAUGAUACAGUAAUAAUGUUUUCAUACAUGUUGUAAAAUAGUGCCCAUUGUUAAAAGCCAUCGUAUGUAUCUUGAAUUUUUAAUAGGCUUUAUGAGGGCUGGUUUGUAACUAUGUUGUACAUAUGUCGGAUGUUCAUAACCCCGGGGGCUGCCUGUAUUUCCUCUGGUUUCUUUUACUCAAUAUAAUUAUUUUGAGAUUCACCCAGUAGUUCAUUCCUUUUUAUUGCUGAGUGGUAUUCCAUUGUAUGUAUUUGCUACAAUUUGUUUUAGCUGUUCAUCUGUUGAUGACUCUCACAAAUGAAGAGUCCAGUUGUUCCCAGUUGUUGGCUCUUACAAAUUAAGCUUCUUUGCGCAUUUACGUACAAGCCUUCCCAUGGCCGUGUCCUUUCAUUUCUCUUGGGUGAAUACCUAGGAGUGGAGUGGCUGGGUUGUACGGUAGGGGUAUGUUUAACUUUUUAAGAAACUGCCAAACCAAAUUUUGUUUUCCAAAGUGAUUUCUAUCAUUUUGCAUUCCCACUAGCAGGAUAGAAUAGUUCCACUUUUUCUACAUCCUCACCAGCACUUGGUGUGGUCAGUCUUUUUAAUUUUAGCCAUUCUAGUAGAUGUAUAGCAGUAUCUCCUUGUGGCACCCUGGUGGCACAAUGGUUAAGAGCUUGGCUGCUAACUGGAAAGGUCAGCAGUUUGAACCCAGCUGUGGCUCCUGGGAGAAAAGACUUGGUGAUCUGCUCCCGUAAAGAUCACAGUCUAGGAAUCCUUAUGAAGCAGUUCUACUCCAUCAUAUAGAGUUUCUGUGAGUCGGAAUCAACUUGACAGCACACAACGAUGACUAAUGAUGUUGAAUAUCUAUUUAUUUAUUUGUCUUCUAUACAUCUUUGGCUAAGUGUCCCAAAGUUUGGUGAAGUAUUCCAAAAAUUUGCCCAUUUUAAAAACUGGGUUGUCUUAAUUUUGAGUUGUAAGAGUUCUCUGUAUAAUCUAGGUACAAAUCCUUCAUCAGAUAUCUGUUUUGCAAAUAUUUUGUCCCAGGCUGUGGGUUGCCUUUUUAUGUUUUUUGAAGGGUAAAAGUUUUAAAUUUUGAUGAAAUCCAACAUAUUGAUUUUUUUCUCUAUAGUUCAUGCUUUUUGUGAUGUAUUUAAGAAAUUUUUUGCCAUACCCGAGAUCACUAAGAUAUUCAGUAUUCUCAAAUGUUGUGGUUUUAGCUGUUAACAUUUAAGCUAAUGAGCCCAUUUCUAAGUUAAUUUUUUAAUACGGUGUGAUAAAGUUUGAGACUUACUAUUUUUUGCAUCUGGUUAUCUGGUUAUCUGGCACCAUUUGUUGAAAAGAUUGUCCUUUCCCUAUUUAACUGCUGUGGCACCUUUGUCAAAAACCAAUUGGCCAUAUAUGUGUGAGUCUAUUUUUGGAUUCUAUUCUGUACAAUUGAUUUAUUUGUUUAUAUGUCAGUACUACACUAUCUUGAUUAAUAUAGCAUUAUAAUAAGUCUUGAAAUCAGGUAGUGUAAGUCCUCCAACUUGGUUCUUUUUCCGUGUUGUUUUGAGUAUACACACUCUGGAGUUCUGUGGCUUUCGUGUGUAAAUUCUACAUAGAAUGGACCAUUUCUAGUUUGGGUUUCUUUAAAAUGCAGGGAGAAUUUAAAAGAAUUUGUCAAGUCGCCUGAAUGCAGAAUAUAUCUAGGUUUUUUGUUUUAAUUUCUCCCUCUCGUCUUUUUUCUUGCCCUUACCUAAAUCAAUAGCAUUUUUUUUUAACUCUUUAAAACAAUUUAUCUUUGAGUCUUUCCAAAGCACUCAAUUUUGUUUUCCAAGACAAUUUUCUGUUUUUCCACUUGAUUUCAAAGGUUCAUGUACUGUGUAAUCAGACUAUAUAAUUAAAAUAAACUGUAACCAGCAUGGCCUGGUUUGGAAACACACACCCACUGGUGGGAGUAGAAGAGCACACUGUGAACAGGAAGUCGAAAAAGCAAGUCAGCAGAAUAGCAAAGCUUUGCUUGUACUUUCUCAUUUGUCUUUGAAGGAAAAUAAAACCUCACACUCCAGAUAAGAUUAUUUUAAAUUAUACAAUCUAACAUGCAGAGUUGAGAGUCUAUAUCUUUUUAAAGUGUAUCUAAAUUGAUGCCGAUUCCCAGUUUGGUGACCAGGUGGGUGUUACUGGUGGUUAGCAAGGGUCAGGAUGCCCAAAAGUUCUGCUAAUCAAACUCUGGGGAGUACAUUUUGUAUGAUUCCAUUUACAUGACAUUCUGGAAAAGGAGACAUUAUACUGGCAGAAAAUAGUGGUUGUCAGGGGUUGAGGUAGGGAUUGAUUUUAACAGGGCUGCAUGUGGGAAUUUUUAGGGUAAUGAAACUGUUCUAUGUGGUUGUGGAUAUGUGAUUCCAUGUAUUUGUCAAAAUCCAUAAGAUGGCAUACCACAAAGACUGAGCUUUAGUGUCUGUAAAUUUUACCCCCCAGAAUAUCAACUAGGACGUCAGGGGUCUCAGGAUGGAAUGCAGACAGAUGAAUCUAACUGUAUUACCACAUAUGAUAGAACCUUACUAAAGGCAGUGAGGAAAGGGGCAGGGGGACCUGAGUAACUUCGGAAAACCAUGUUUUGAUUGAAUAGUGUAAGGGUAAAGACACAUAUAUACACACUGUACUCCAGUGGUAAAUUUGUUUCUUACAGGGGUAUAGGGUAGCAAUUCUGAAACUAUUUUACAUGUAUACUAAACCAAAAAAAAAAAAAAAGGGCAACCCAAGUCACUGUUGUCAAGUUGAUUCUGACUCACAGCGACUGCUCAGUAUACUAAACCAAAAAAACCCAAAUCUGUUGUGGUCGAGUUAAUUCUGACUCAUAGUGACCCUAUAGGACAGAGUAGAACUGCCCCAUAUGGUUUCCAAGGGGCGCCUGGUGGAUUCAAACUGCUGACCUUUUGGUUAGCAGAUGUAGCUUGUAACUACACCACCACAAGGGUUUUUUCUAUGUAUACUGGGGUUGAACAAAUAAGUUAGUAUAUUUUAGAUAAUAGGCAGGUAUCUCACUAUUGGAGAAAAAGUUACAAAUAAGCAAAGGGAGAAUGCUAAUACGAGCCCUGUGGUGCUGGAUUACAGUUGAAGGUAACAGUAUGAACUCAUAUUUAUUUUAAGAUAGAUAAAAAAGUACAAGAUUAUUACAGAACUAUAGAUACAUGUGCAUACAUGAGUUAGUAUUCACACGUAUUUAUUUCUUAGUUUUGUCAAGAAGGCCUAGAAAGAGACACUGUCGUAGCAAAAAGCAUACCUAGCACCCUGAUUUCGGUCUGUAAAUACCGCUCUUGAAUAAAAGGAAUCAGAGAUGCGGCAGGGAAAAUACAAGGUAAGCUUAGAGCAUCUUACAGUGACAGAAGUGAUUAAAAAAAAAAAAAGAUGGGGCA